AAUUUCUUAUUUUAAGAAGUCUUAAUCCAAAUAUUUUUUAAUAUAAAAAUACAUGCCUUAUAGCAUAGAGAUCUUCCUAAAAUUAGUGUAUGUUUGGAGAUGCGUAACAAAUUUAUAGAAUGUUUAUAAUUUGAAGAACUUUUUGCCAACAAAAACAAAGCAAAAAUCACAUUAGUUGGAAACCGCAGAUGGGUUAGUGUCUAAAAUAGAAAACUAAGUCAUGUAACAGCCAAGCUAAAUAUUCAAUGUCCAUACAUAGGUAACCAUGUCCUUAACCAUUGGAAGCAAUUAAUUCCUUCUCCAUGUCCAAGAUUUUUGGCUGAGAAGGAGAGGAGCCGUUCUUUCUUCCUGUCCCUUCUCUUAUGGAACGUUUCACCGCAAGGUCAAACCCUCCUCUGACCUUGAGGCAUCAAUGGAAAAUCCACCCCCUUACCAACAAAAAUAUGCGAUGGUGAACAGUAAUCAUCGAGCAAAUCUAAGACCUCCUCCCCAGAGGAGAAACAUUCCUAGGUACCACUCAAGCUAUCCUGGUAAAUCCAGUGGAAGCUUUUGCCUAAAAUAUGUGUGUUGUUGUUUUCUCUUCUGGUUUGCUUUGAUCGUCCUUCUUGCUGGUGCUGCUUUUGCUCUUUACAAUAUGUUGCAGCCUGAAAUCCCUCGCUAUAACGUUGAUCGUUUCGAUGUCAAUGCCUUCAAUGUUCAGCAAGAUUUUAGUCUUCAUGCUGAAUUUGUUGUUACUGUUAAAUCUGAUAAUCCUAACCAGCACAUUGGCUUCCAAUAUGGCAAGGAUAGCUCUGUUGUUGUAACAUACAGAGACUCUAUUCUUUGUGCUGGAACACUUCCCACCUUUCUUCAACCCCAAGAGAAUACGACUAUGAUUCAAAUACUUUUGAAAGGAGAGAGCGAGUUUGGAUCAGGCCUUCAAGAAGCUCUCAUGCAGAAUCGAAAAACAGGAAAGAUUCCUUUGCUUGUAGAGGUAAAGGCUCCAAUUUCUGUGGUGGUUCAUGAUUUUCCUAUGAGACAAGUCACAGUUCUUCUCAACUGUUCUUUGGUGGUUGAUAACUUGUCACCUAAAAAGAAAGCCAGGAUUUUAUCAAGUACAUAUCAGUAUGCAGUUGCACUUUAAAUCCAAAUAUUUUCUCUCCUCUUCUCAUUUUUCUUGUUAAUAUUCUUAUUUCAACGAGGAGGGAAAGAGGAAGCAGAAUAGGCUGGCUAAUUUCAUUUCAAGCCAAAUGCUUCUUCUCUCAGAGAUCAAAUCAUAUCAAAUCAUCAGAGGAUUUUGCGGUUGCUAAUUAUCAAGGAAGUUCACUUACAGUUACAGACUUGUACUUUUAUAUAUCUGCAGGUUUAGAUUGUAUAAUUAGGCUCUUGUUUGGAAGUUGUAUAUAUAUGGGGUGUUUCUUCAGAGCAAUGUCCAUUUCUUAUAAGACGGCACUCACCUUUGUUUUUGUUUCCAGAAUUUAGAAAUAGAAAUGUUCGAUCUUUUAUU